UUUAUUAUUACAGUGACAGUUUAACAAAAUUUCUACACUAUUAAGACAAGCACUCAUGAUUACACGGCUGUGUCAUUAAAAAAAUAGCAGUGGUGAAAAAACAAUGUAUCAGAAUACGGCUUACAGUGUGUUUCUCUACACAGGAAGAUGAGGGUGGCGCUGGGCUGUGUGCUACUGCUCCCCGCCGCGCUGCACCUGUUGCUGUGCCCUGCCCGUGCCUCAAGUACAUCCCCUGCCGCUCGUCGCACCUUACAGCCUCUUUACCACGCCCAGCACGCCCGACACGACCCACUGCUGGACCUAGGACUCCUCACAGGCUUCUCCCGCCAUCUCAGCCUCACCCCUCAGGACACACCUCUCACACCUCAACCCCUAGAUGACCUGAGCCUUAUGGAACGACCCCCUGUGCACGUCUUCUCUUCCCUUACUGACGAUCUCCGGCGCUCAUACCUUCGAGACGUGAGCGAUUUUCCUAUAGGUGACUUUGACAUACUUCAAUGGUUACUGGAAGACCCUGAAACGAGCACCGGUGUUACGAAAAAGGGAAGAAACAUCUGCAGGGGCUCCGUGGUGUCGGGGAACGUUUGGUGCCCUUCGACACUACUACAGAUGAUAAGUGGGCUCCCAUCCUUCCCCGCCAAGCCCCAGCCAGCCCACCGGAGCCCCGAGUCCUUAUUGCCAACGCAGCAUUCCACAUGGUUUAAGGCAUCCCCAGCUAAGCGAUACCUUGGCAUCGAGCUGCCGGACUACAUCGCCACGAGCUACUCGUCUAUCAAGACUGACAAUGCACACUACCUCACCAAACUACACCAACUCAAACAACGCAUGCGUUCUGCUGGGAAGUAAACUACUCACCGUGUUUCACCCCCGUGUGUGUGUGUGUGUGUGUGUGUGUGUGUGUGUGUGUGUGUGAUUAUCCAAGUAUGUAAGGUAUCCAGAUAUUC